GAUAACGCUUAAUGAAUGAACCGUCCCUUGCGUUGCGUACGUUGACAAGGAAUUGGUUAUUAGCUCAAGUCACUUGUUGGCUUGUCUCUAUAUGUGCCGGCUACUGAAGUCAGGCGUUAGUUGGGAGUCGAGCGCUUGACGGGCACGUCUGCACGUAGCCAUUCGGUACAACUGAGAUUCCGUUGGUAUUCAAAGGUUCAAGAUCGAGUCGCGGGCAGCCGAAGGAAUGCCGACCUUUGGACAAAGAUCUUAAGAUAAAAAGCGGCACUUUUCUUUGACCGAGAAAAGACUUGGAGACUGUGUUAUUCACUUUCUUGAUUGUGUAUAACGCUGGUGCCAUAACAACGUUAACAAGGCCGAGUAUACUACAGACAGGAAACAUUCUGACCAGCGUCAACAAAAUGAGAGACCAUCUGAAGGUGCUAAGCUUGCUGUUGACCGUGGUUGUUGUUAUGGUUACAGCAAGAGAAUUUGACGGAAAGUCGUCCCUGUCGGUGCCACCGGGGGACUGCGAAGUGGUGGCCGUGUCAGAAGGCACACCUAUCGGCUCGGAGAUUUACGUCUUCCGCCUGCCGUCCUUCGUCAGUAACGUCACCGUGGUGUCUCCCGGGGAGGGUGCGCUGGAGGACUGGGGCGUCAGGGUGGACUCAGACAGCGGACAGGUGAUUGCCAUAGGCCGGCUGGACCGUGAGGUGAGAGACUGGAUACAGAUAGACGCAUUCAUCACGGAUUACUCAACUGUGGAUGCCGAACCCCAGUCCGUAAGCGUGUGCCUGAACAUCACGGACGAGAAUGACUGUGCCCCCGAGUGGACCAUGCAGCCGUACCCGUACCUGGCGGCGGUGUCGCCCGACGCUCCGCCCGGGACAACCGUCUACCAGCUGACGGCACACGACGCGGACCUGCACCCCAACAACGUCUUCUCUUAUUACGAGUUUGCAGGAAGGAGUCAGUACUUUCAGCUGGACGCCACCAACGGUACCAUCACCACGCGGGGCCACCCGCUGGUGGCCGGUCAGGAGUACGACAUCACGGUCAUGGCGCAGGACACGGCCGGGAACCAGAGCCCCAGGGUUACCGUGUCCAUCCUCGCCGGCAGGCGGCCUCCGCAGUUCUACCAGGAGCAGUACUCAGUGGACGUGUACGAGAACCAACCAGUGGGCACCAUAGUCCUCACAGUCCAAGCCAAAUCGUUUGCGGACUUGCCAAUCACCUACAGCUUUCUGUCUAUGGGUGUGGCUGAUCCGGCCUUCUCCCUUAACGGCAGCACCGGAGCGAUGAGUGUGGUCAGGCCUCUCAGCUAUGACACCAUGCCCCACACCUCCUACCUUAACGUUUUAGCGACAGAACAGGGAUUUGACGGAAUGGCUAGUAUUAUGCAGGUUAGUCGGCUGAUUGUUGAUUUCUUAGAUCUUCUUACCUCCAUGAAAUGA